CGCCUGCCGAGGCGCUGUGGGCUCGAGGACAGGAGGCGCAUGCCCCGGGCAAGAGGGAGGCGGCUGCUCUCGUGGCUGCUGCUGCAGCUCUGCUCGGCGCAGGACGCCGCGGGCCCGGGCGAGCUCCGCCACGGCCUCGUCUUCGACGCCGGCUCCUCCGGCACGCGGGUGCAUGUCUACUCGUGGAAGAUCGGCGGCGGAGGGUCGAAGGACUCCUUCGACCUGAUCGCCGACGACCUGCUCAAGAUCAAGCCCGGCCUCUCCUCCUUCAAGGGCGAGCCGGAGCAGGCCGGCGCCUCGCUCCGCCCGCUCCUCGCCUAUGCCAAGGAGAAGGUGCCGGCGGCGGCGGUGCCGUCGACGCCCGUAUUCUUGAUGGCGACGGCGGGCCUGCGGCUGGUUGGGGAGGGCGCCAAGGACGCGAUCCUCGCGUCGGUGUGCGACGAGCUCGGCAAGUCUGGCUUCCGCUUCCGGUGCGAGUGGGCGACGCUGCUCGGAGGAGAGGACGAGGGCCUGUAUGGCUGGGUGACGGUCAACUACCUGCUCGGCGCCCUCUACCCGCCCGCCAAGACGCCCGCCGUCGGCACCAUCGACCUCGGCGGCGGGUCGGUCCAGGUCGUCUUCGCCACCUCGGAGCCAGUCCCCAACCCGGACGAGUCUCAGCUGUUGACGUUUGGCGCGCGGCAGCACUCGCUGUACGUCAAGUCGCACCUCGGCUACGGACUCGACGAGGCGCGGCGGAAAGCCCUCGACAGCCUAGUCUCGCGGCGAGCCGAGGACAAGCCGGAGCCAUUCCGGCACCCGUGCCUCCCCCGCGGGGCCUCCCUCGAGCACGGCGGCAAGUCGCUGGUCGGGGACGCCGACUGGGCGCGCUGCCUGCGAGUGAUGGGUCGGCUCUUCCCGCAACCCUUCGCCGCGGGCCAGCCGAAGCUCGCGGACCGCUUCUACGGCUUCUCGUACAUGUACGACCGCACCGCCGCCAUCGGGCUGCUGGACGGGCAGCCGCGCCAGUUUGGCUCCGUCGCGAUGAGCUACAACGACAUCGCCGCCGCUGGCGAGUCCCUCUGCCGGCUCAGUGCGGAGGAGACGGCGACGCGGUUCGCAAACACGCAGGAUGCCGCAAAGUCGAACAACUAUUGCGGCGACGUGGCGUACGUGGCGGCUCUGCUCAAGGCGCUCGGCUUUGAGGGCGACACCAGCAUCACGAUGACCAACAAGAUCGAGAAGGUGGAGCUUGUGUGGACGCUCGGAGCAAUGCUCGCCAAGUCGGCCGAGCUGCUCGCAGACACCGGCUCGGGCGGCCUCGGCGCCGGGAGCGUGAUCGGAGGGCUGGUUGCCCUCGGCUUGGCCGCCGCCGCACUGAAGCUCCUCUCGCAGCGAAGGUCGUACAGCAAGCUCCUUCCCUCGAGCAGGAGAGACUUUAACUAAGUCAGCUGAACAAUUCACUACAGUCGUACAGCAAGCUCCUCCCCUCGAGCAGGAGAGACAGACUUAGUGACUCGUCAUUAGCCGUGAAUAAUGCUUGCUAACACGCUCCGCCUCUCGAGCAGCGGCGGCUUCUGAGCGGAGUCUGACUGCAUCGAGGCUUCAUCGAUGCGCCCGCGUACCUCCGCGAGAAAGAUUGGCGUUUGCCCGCACAAUGCCUCCAGAGUGUGCGUAUAAUCGCUGGCCGUGGACACCUCUCGGGCGUGGACACGUCUCUGGCCUCCUCCUUCGGGCGGAGAACGCGGAUGUGCAUGGCACGGAUGCAUUUUGUGAGCGGUGUGCGAUUCGAUCAUUGUGUUGUACUGUUGUAGUGAGACGCGUUGAGGUUU